AUGGCCCAGGGGAGAAUGAUCCAUGUGGCCUCAGAGCAGCCCACCUAUGCUGUCUGUGUGCUGGGCACCGAGACUCAGCUAGAUGUCUACAGCUCUGCCCCCACGGACUGCACGACCUUCAGCGUCAGAACCUCCCCAGGAGUGGUUGUGGACGUUGCCCCCAGCCCGCCAGCCAAGAGGAAACCCACGGGUUCCUCCAAGUGGCCCCUGGCCCCCGGGCUGGAGGUGAGCCUGAGGAUGACAGCCGCCAGCAGUAGCACAGGCGACCAGAAGGUUCAGAUUUCAUACUACGGACCCAAGGCCGACCCAGUCCAAGCCCUGCUCUAUGUCACCGGGGUGGAAAUCUCCUUGAGCGCGGACAUCACCCGCACUGGCAAAGCAACGCUGACCAAAGCCAGGAAGAACCAGAAGCCCUGGACCUGGGGCCCCCGCGGGCAAGGCGCCAUCCUGCUGGUGAACUGUGACAAGGACCAUCCCAACUCUCUUGCCACGGACUCUGUGGAUGACGAGGUGCUUGACAGAGAAGACCUGCAGGACAUGGCCCUGGUGACUCUGAACACAAAGGCCCCCAAGGACUUCUUCACCAAGCACCAGCUGGUGCUCCACGUGGCCAAGUCCGAGAUGAACAAAGUCCGAGUCUUUCAGGCCAAUAGGCACAAACAGGCCUCUGGGUACAGGGCGAUCCUGGGGCCGCAGCAGCCCUCUCACCCCCUGGAGCUCCCAGGCGGCCAGCACAGCAUAGACUUCUACGUGGAGGGCCUCGCCUUCCCAGAUGCCAACUUCCAGGGCCUCGUUUCCCUCACCAUCUCCCUGCUGGAUGUGUCCAAACCGGAGCUCCCCAAGGCCCUGGUGUUCCAAGAUAGUGUGACCUUCCGCGUGGCCCCCUGGAUCAUGACCCCCAACACCCAGCCCCCAGAGGAGGUGUACGCGUGCAGGAUAUUUGACAAUGAGGACUUUGUGAAUUCUUUGACUGCUCUGACCCAGAAAGCCAACUGCAAGCUGACUGUGUGCCCCUUGGAGGAGAGCAUGGAGGACCAGUGGAUGCAGGACGAAAUAGAGAUUGGCUACAUCCAAGCUCCACACAAGACGCUGCCUGUCGUCUUCGACUCGCCGAGGAACCGGGGCCUGAAGGAGUUCCCCGUCAAAUGCCUGCUGGGUCCAGAUUUUGGCUACGUGACUCGAGGGCCCCAAACAGGGGGCGUUACUGACUUCGACUCCUUUGGGAACCUGGAAGUGAGCCCCCCAGUCACAGUUGGAAAGAAGAAAUACCCGCUGGGCAGGAUUCUCAUUGGGGACAGCACUUACCCCAGUGCUAGGAGCCAGGAGAUGCACCAGACCCUGCAGGACUUCCUCGCUGCCCAGCAGGUGCAGGCCCCAGUGAAACUCUACUCCGACUGGCUGACUGUAGGCCACGUGGACGAGUUCCUGAGUUUCGUUCCGGUGCACAAGAAGGGCUUCCGGCUGCUCCUGGCCAGCCCCAGGUCCUGCUACAAGCUGUUCGAGGAGCAACUGAAGAAGGGUCAUGGGGAGGCCCUGCUGUUUGAGGGCAUCACAACAAAAAAAGAGCAGAAAUUAAAGGACAUUCUAUCAAACAAGAAAUUGAGAGAACAAAACUCCUAUGUGGAGAGCUGCAUUGACUGGAACCGGGAGGUGCUGAAGCGGGAGCUGGGCCUGACCGAGCGGGACAUCGUGGACAUCCCGCAGCUCUUCAAGCUCCGGGGAGACUUCACAGGGACCUUCAAGGCCGAAGCCUUUUUCCCAAACAUGGUGAACAUGCUGGUGCUGGGCAAGCACCUGGGCAUCCCCAAGCCCUUCGGGCCCCUCGUCAACGGCCGCUGCUGCCUGGAGGAGAAGGUGCGCUCCCUGCUGGAGCCGCUGGGCCUCCACUGCACCUUCAUCGAUGACUUCCAGGCCUACCACCUUCGGCAUGGGGACGUGCACUGUGGCACCAAUGUGCGCCGGCAGCCCUUCUCCUUCAAGUGGUGGCACAUGGUGCCCUGA